AAGGAAUAGAAUACGAAGAGUCUGAGGGGUUUUACUUUCAGUAGGGAGUGGAGAGAGGGAAGGGGGUCUGAUAUAUACAUACAGUUUGUGUGUGUAUACACAAAGAAAGAGGGAGAGAGAUAGAGAGACGAGAGAGAUAGAAGGGGGAGAGAGAGAGGAGAGGGGUUGAUCAAGAAUGGGUGACAAAGGAGGAAAAGGGUAUUCUGUACCUAAACCAAGAAAAUCAUCCCUCAAAACCCCUUUGUCGAACAAUGGUUCAGCGAAGUCUAAGCAUGGAGUGAAUGUUCAGUUUGAAGCUGACCUCAAUUUCUCCCCAAGAAAUGGUGGAAAGGGUGAAUCCCCGAUGACUAACGAUCUCCGAGGGAAGGGGGGUAAGGGAGAUAAAGUAGCAAAUGGCGGUAAGAAGCCAGAGAAAAAAACACCCCCUCCUGUGCAACUUAGAGUUGAAAAGGAUCUCCCAGAAAAUGUUACAUGCCUGACUGACUGUGAAGCUGCCGAAAUUUUAGAAGGAAUUCAAGAGCAGAUGGUUGUACUCUCUGAAGAUCCGACUAUAAAAAUUCCAAUCUUUUUUGACAAAGGACUUCAACUUGCCAAGAGAGGCAGUGAUAGUUAUACGAGUCCACAGGCUGUUAGAGAAAUUCUUCAACGUUUGAAAAACCAUGGUGUUGCAGAUAGCGAGGCAUGCAUGAUUGCUAAUAUUCAUCCAGAAUCUGCUGAUGAGGUUUUUUCGCUUGUUCCAUCCUUGAAGGGCAAGAAAAAUAAACUGCGGGGACCUGUUGAAUCUGCCUUGGGAGAAUUAGCGAAGCUAAGACGCUCAGCAUAACAUCUAAACCUGAAAAUCAUGGCGAAAUUUGCUUUAAUGUGCAAGAAGUCGUUCUGUGAAAGCUGGAAGUUACAGAAGUUGUGCUGGGGCAUAUUUGUUUCUAAUUGUCUGCAAAAUUUAGACUACAAUGUGUAGAUAAAUUUGUUCUUUCCAAAACUUAAUGUCGUAGUUAUCUUUCCAGUUACAGGGAGGAUUUUCAAUCCAUCAUCUUGGACAGAA